CCCUCUGUUGUCCUCCUUGGCCUCGCCUGGUGCUCGGUGCCUGGCAUCCAGGGUAGCUUCCUUUCAUAAUGACCACUGCCAUCCUUGCAUUAGCAUUUUCACUUCUGUAAGGGCAGCACUCGGUGUGCAUGUGCGCUCGGUCGCUCCAUCGCUCACUAUAGGCCGUAUCAUGCAGGGACUGGGGAAGACGGAGAGAGGACAGGAGGGCCGAGACGUUGACCUGACGUCGCUGAGAUCCACCAUGCCGGCCAGCGGCCCGCUGCAGGGAGGUCCAACCUCUAACGUGAACAUGAACCUCUACGCCACUAAGAAGACAGCAGCUGAAGGCAUGUUGGACAUCGCCCUGUUCCUGGCUAACAUCACACACAUGAAGACUGUCAUCGAACAGGGAGCGGGAUAUAGGUACUAUGUUGCUGUCCUGACACUCAUCUCCUUCUCCCUGGCUCUCCAAAUAGUGGCAGGAGUGCUGAUCAUCAUCAUUGCCCGCAGGGACCUGAAUGUGGUGUCCAAUCAGAAGCGGCUCGACUACCUGAACAACGUCACGACAGGUGUCAUCUUCGUCACCACGGUGGUCAACUUCUUCGUAAGCUUCUUCGGAUCCAAGAGGACCGGCUUCUUCCGCUGGCUGCUGGCUCGACUCCACUUCUGACAGACCACAAAUACACUCACGUGUCGGAUACACACUCAGCCACUAACACACUCUUUCCAACAGUGUUUAGUGUGCACACACGUGUGGGACAGAAGAAAUUCAAAUAGCUCAGACAAACAAUUCAUGUUCCUCUCACAUGUAUUCGGAUGUUAUAUCUUGAUAUUCCUGCUUUCACUUUAAAAUUGCAACUCAAACAAUAAUCCAACUAAAACACUUUCACUUUAACCAGCUGUGAUAUAAAGAUGCAUGUUCUCAAUUGCUGCACUAAUAUGCUUGUGCAAGAAAAAAAAAGAAGCAUUUCUUUUCUAUAUUUAGCUUCUGUUAUAUGUGUUAUAUGUGCAAACUUCUAUACAUCUAUUCAAUGUGUACUUCCUUUAAUGGGCAACAUGAAAAAAUAGAAAAAUCUGUGACUGAAAGUAUUUAUGAUGCUCAAUAGCAGACGUAAAAUAGGCUAAAUGUGUGUAUAUGUUCUUUAGCAUGCUGAAUAAAUGAGGUGUUGUAACAGAAACUUGUGCUGUAUUGAUUAAGUUUUAACUGCACCUGGUCAAUGUCAGUAGAGCUAAAACCACAGCGCGUGCAUGAGAAGGCGAGGAUGAUGAUGCAGAGAAGCAAAGAGGCUUUUGCUCUUUCUUGAAUGUGGAUCCUGCCCGGAUUAGAGGUCCCCUGGCGUGGUCUGAACUCUUGUCUUUCUUUAUUGUGCAUGUGUGUUUGUG